UUCAUAAUUUUCUAAAAUUAUAAUCGAAGGUAAACGUAUGAUAUAAUUUCAUUAUAAGGAGAAAUAUUCAUGAUUUCCUGUUACGCUUCCUGUAAAAUGGCGGCCGUUAUCAGUUGGAGUUGCCGAAUGUAGAAUUUUGUAGGAUAUAUCUGUUGUCCCUGUGUAAAAUUAUUUAUUUCAUGCGAUACAUUCCAAGAAGAUUCAUUAAGUCAAGUUUUAUAUGUAAUUGAAAUCAUUUUUUCCCUUUAUAAACAGUAUUACAUGAAGACAUUCCAUAUAUUGUAACAAUAUGAGUGGUCUCCUAACAAAAUUAAUUUCAAAGAAGACUUCAAAGAAGGAAGUUUCACUUCCUCCAGCUGAAAUUGGGAAACCUUUUUCAGUAAAACAUAAUAUUCAUGUUGGUUGUAAUCCAUCCACUGGAGAAAUAGAAGGUCUUCCUGAUCCUUGGCUUAGAUUAUUACAACAAGCUAACAUUAGCAAAUCAGAGCAAACUCAAAAUCCAACAGCUGUACUUCAAGCUUUAAAAUAUUAUGCACAUUCCAUUAAAAAGAAACCAGAAGCAAAAUAUCUUGGUACUACAGAAACUGUUGAACAAGAAUCCGAAGAAAUUGAAAAUGUUAUUUCAGGUAUGAGGAUAGAAUGUUUCUAA